CUCUGGACCAGCUUCUGCUCUACAAAGAUUUGGAGAAGGCUCUGUUAUCCAGUGAUCUUGAGUCACUGGGUAUGACUACUUAAACAGAACGAGUUGCCUGCCAGAGGAAACUAAUUAACAUUGGAUUUUAUAUGGUGAGAUACAUCUUUGUGAUGGAUUAUAUGUUCAAAUAUGCUCUUUUUCUACAAACUGUAGCAACAAACAGUACCCUGCAUAUGACAGAAAUGCUGACAGUGGAAAGAAAAUUGUCAACUGGCAAUAUCGCAUUUAAAAACUGGUUUAAGAAAAUCUGUAGUUCACAUCAGUAAUCCACAGCUGGUAAAGCUUUGUAGUUCGUAAUGCAUAUGCUUUUAAAAGUAAUAAAGGAUUCAGUGUGUUUUUACACAGUGUGUCUGCACUGAUAAUUUAGCACUGGAUUUUCAUACACUGAAAUCGUGGUAUGAUUAUCAGUGAGGAAAAACAGAAUAUUAUCUAAAAACUGUGUCAAAAUGACCUCUGAGGAAAUGGCAGCUUCUGUACUUGUGUCUGUGGCACAGGGUAAAGUGAUACCUGCUCAGUCAGCUGGAGAUGAAAAUAGUGAAAAUGCUUUGGACACCAAUGUUAUAAAAAGACAUAUUGCUAAUCAAGGAAGGCGGACUACGCAUACUUUCUCGUACUUACACAGACUUAAAGAAGAACAUCUUCAGGGCUCGCUGCCCAAAAUUUUCUCUCUGGCAAAUGGAGAAGAAAUGACAGAUAACAGGAGUAAUGAAAACUUCUGGGAGAAAAACACAAGCAUGGAGUUUCUUAACAUGAAUUGCAACAUUAUAAAGAAAAAAUACAAGAGUAGUGUUCCGCAUAACCAGUUACAUAAAUCAUGUGAUUCUUUAGCAGAAGAACACACAUGGUUGGAAACUGGAAUUUCUGCUUCACAGGAAAGGACCAUGUUUGCUGAAAUUCAGUUGAAAAUGGAUGGACCUUCAGUAGAGAUGAAGUCAUUAAGAAACCAGUCAGUGGUAAAUAAAAGUGGCACCGAUGAUGUUGAUAAUGUAACAGUGUUUCACUUUCGCUAUGCUAGUGAAAGAAAUAUAUCAAAAGCUUUGUGCACACUACACAACAGCUUUAUUUUGGGUGAUUGUUUACAGCAUGUAAAUGUUGGUAAUGAUCACACCAGCGAUUCAACAGCCUGCACUUGUAAAUUAAUGGAAUUGACAAAUAAUUGUGACAAUAAAAAUGGACAACAGUUGUGUGAUAACUGUGACACUUUAAGGGACAAGUAUUUAUGUGUAGAAAGAGCAGCACGAAAGGUUAGAGUGGCAUGCUCAAGUCACAGCUUCUGUGGUGGUAAUUUUACUGGAAAAAUCCCCUCAAAGCCCUUUCUGAGUCAUUUUGAAGAUUGCAGUGAUAACUGUGAAGAAGGGAUGGAGGAGUUUUAUAGAAACAAAAAGGAACGUUCCACUUUACUAAUCAGACGUUUUUGUAAAAAUGAUAAGGAGGUUAAAAAAUCAGUUUAUACUGGAACCAGGGCAAUUGUUAAGACUUUACCUUCGGGGCAUAUUGGAGAUGUUGCUUGGGAUUAUGUGGAGCAGAGGAGAAACAAGAGUGACUUAAAGCAUUGUAGGAUUAUCGCAAAACAUGUAACUAUACAAGCCUUAAGUCAGAAAUUAAAUUCUGAUCUUGUGAAAUCGAUAUGGUGUGAGAUCUACAAUGCAGUGAAGGAGGAAGAGGCGGCAGAAGAUACUUUUGAAUAUUCUCUCUAUCCUCUGAGAGAGCUUCCAACACUAAAUGCAGAUUGCGGAUGCAAAAAUGUCUCUUUUGUAAAACCCUGUGUAGAAAGUGCUUGCUCUGAAUACCGUGCCACUUUACAAAGGACGUCACUCUCUAACUUUAUCACUGGUGCUCUACUAGAAGCAACUACAUUACUGGGAGCAAGAAAUGGUCUUCUAAACAUCUUUGGAGGGUCAACUGGAAGGAUGAUGCUUAAAGAACGUCAACCGUGCACAUCUAUGGCUGGUUCAAAUGUGCUCCCCUCCAGUGUAGCUGGUAUCAGUAAAGAGCUAGUAGAACUUCAGCACCUCAUUCAGUUCCCAGAGGAGGUUGCUAGUAUUCUGACUGAACAGGAACAGGAUCUCUACCGAAAGAUCUUGCCCAUUGACUACCUCUGCUUCUUAACUAGGGAUUUGGGUAAUGCUGAAUGUCAGAGCAAACUUCCAUGCAUUAAAGCUUCCAUAUCUGCGACUAUUCUUUCUUCCCAAAAUGGUGAACACAAUGUUGUUGAAGAUCUCGUGACAAGAUUUAAUGAGGUGAGCUCUUGGGUUACAUGGUUGAUCCUUACUGCCGGUUCUAUGGAGGAGAAACGAGAAGUCUUCUCAUAUUUAGUACAUGUGGCAAAAUGCUGCUGGAACAUGGGAAACUACAAUGCUGUAAUGGAAUUCUUGGCAGGGCUUAGGUCUAGAAAAGUUUUAAAAAUGUGGCAGUUCAUGGAUCAAUCUGAUAUUGAAACCAUGCGAAGUCUGAAGGAUGCUAUGGCACAACAUGAAUCAUCCUCUGAAUAUCGGAAGGUGGUAAAUCGUGCUCUGAAUAUUCCAGGCUGUAAAGUAGUUCCUUUCUGUGGUGUAUUUUUAAAGGAGCUUUGUGACGUUUUAGAUGGAGCAGCAAGCCUCAUCAGACUUUGCCCACAGUAUAAUUCCCAGGAUGAAACAUUAGAGUUUGUUUCAGAUUACAGUGGGCAAGAUAAUUUCUUGCAACGAAUAGGCCAAGAUGGUUUAAAUAAUACGGAAAAAGAAUCAACAGCAAACAGUAUCUUUCAAACCAUUCGGAGUUGUAACCGCAGUUUGGAAUCUGAAGAAGUUGAAGACAAUUUUAGCGAAGGAGGCAAUUCAAGAAAAAACUCUUUGAAGGAUAGAAACCGAUACCAUACAACACAUGCAAAGAAAGCCUCUGAGUCAAACCGAGUUCUGUUUAUAAUUGGAGAUCUCUCAGAUUCAGAAAGUGACGUAUCUGAGCAGUCAAAAGAGUGGGACACUAAUACAACUGAAGAGCAGCAAAAAGCAUACAGUCAUGGAAUAGAACUCAUUCCCUGGUAUGUGUUAUCAAUCAGAGCUGAUGUCCAUCAGUUCAUGCUACAAGGGGCAACUGUCAUACAUUAUGACCAGGAGAUGCAUCUCUCAGCACGCUGUUUUCUUCAGCUUCAGCCUGACAAUAGUACUUUGACAUGGAUAAAACCCACCACAGCUUGCCCUGCAAAUACUAAAGUAAAACUAGGUGCGCUAGGUAGCACUGCUGAGCUUGGUAAAUUUCAGUUUCUUGGCAGUACUGGAUUGAAUGGACUGGUGGAAGGUCUCUUGGAUUUGUUUUCAGCAAAGGCUGUGUACAUGGGGCACCCUGGCAUUGAUAUGCACACUGUGUGUGUUCAAAAUAAACUGUGUAGUAUGUCCCUUGAAGAGAAUGGAGUAACUCUACUAUAUGGACUUCAAACUACUGAUAACAAGUUGCUGCACUUUGUGGCUCCAAAACAUACUGCCAAAAUGCUGUAUGAUGGAUUGCUAGAAUUAACAAAAGCUGUAAGAAAAAUGAGGAAAUUCCCUGAUCAGAGAUUGCAGUGGCUACGGAAACAGUAUGUCUCCCUUUAUCAGGAGGAUGGCAGGUUUGAAGGCCCAACUUUGGCUCAGGCUGUUGAACUGUUUGGAGGCAGACGCUGGAGUGCAAGGAACACAAGCACAGGGGCCCUGACCAGAAGCACUGAGAAACCCAGUGUGCAGAGAAACAACACUCUGGGAAUAAGCACAGCCAAGAAAAAGAAGAAAGUACUCAUGAGGGGUGAAAGCGGAGAUGCUGAUGAUGAUGAGAUGGCAACUCGUAAGACAAAAAGUUAUAAGGAAUAUCGUAGUAGAAGUGGUUUGGACCCUCAAGACAUUGAUGAACAAGAAGAAUCAGAUCAGAAUAUCAUGAUUAAUGCCUCUGCCUCUAACACUUUGCCAUCUAGAAGAGCUCAUUCUCUGACUGCGUCUGGAUCUCCUAGCUUAGCACCUGGGGCAUCUGCACCAAUCAGACCAGUCUCCUCUCCUGUAAUGUCAUCUUCAAGCAAGAGUCAGGCUAGUACUUGGAGCAGUAGUAGCUGGCAUGGCCGAGUCAAAGGAGGAUUGAAGGGGUUUCAGAACUUUAUGGUUUCCGAUAGUAAUAUGAGUUUUGUUGAGUUUGUAGAGCUCUUCAAGUCUUUCAGUGUUCGAAGCCGCAAGGAUCUUAAAGACCUCUUUGAUGUCUAUGCUGUACCCUGCAAUCGAUCAGGUUCUGAUUCUACUCCACUUUAUACUAAUCUGAAAAUUGAUGAGAACACCAGUGGACUCCAGCCUGAUUUAGAUUUAUUGACCAGGAAUGUAUCAGAUCUGGGUUUGUUCAUUAAUAGUAGACAGCAGCUAUCUGAAAACCAGAGACAGAUAUCUGAUGCCAUUGCUGCUGCUAGCAUUGUAACUAAUGGUACUGGAGUAGAAAGCACAUCACUGGGAAUAUUUGGAGUGGGCAUCCAGCAACUCAAUGACUUCUUAGUGAAUUGCCAAGGUGAACACUGCACCUACGAUGAAAUCCUCAGUAUUAUCCAGAAAUUUGAACCCAGCGUCAAUAUGUGCCAGCAGGGGCUACUGUCAUUUGAAGGAUUUGCAAGGUUUUUGAUGGAUAAAGACAAUUUUGCCUCAAAGAAUGACGAGUCACAAGAGAAUAUUGAAGAGUUACAGCUACCGCUGUCAUAUUAUUACAUUGAGUCUUCACACAAUACAUACCUCACAGGCCAUCAGCUUAAAGGAGAAUCGUCAGUAGAGCUUUAUAGCCAGGUUCUCUUACAAGGCUGUAGGAGUGUGGAAUUAGACUGCUGGGAUGGUGAUGAUGGGAUGCCUAUCAUUUAUCAUGGACAUACACUCACUACUAAGAUCCCUUUUAAGGAUGUAGUUGAAGCUAUUGAUCGCAGUGCCUUUAUCACCUCUGAUAUGCCAAUCAUCAUAUCUAUAGAGAACCACUGUUCAUUGCCUCAGCAACGCAAGAUGGCUGAAAUUUUUAAGAAUGUAUUUGGAGAUAAGCUGGUAACUAAGUUUUUAUUUGAGAGUGACUUUUCUGAUGAUCCAAUGCUCCCUUCUCCGGACCAACUGAAAAGAAAAGUGCUGCUGAAAAACAAAAAACUGAAAGCCCAUCAAACUCCAGUGGAUAUUUUAAAACAAAAGGCUCAUCAGCUGGCAUACAUGCAAGCCCAGGCCAGUAAUGGUGGCAAUGCUGGUAAUCCCACCAAUAAUGAAGAGGAGGAGGAUGAAGAAGAUGAAUAUGACUACGACUAUGAAUCUCUCUCUGAUGCUGAUGUCCUUAAUGCUUCUCCUGCUCCUAACAGCCAGGAAGAUAACAUUCUGGAAGACCGACCUGAGACUAAAUCAUCCAGUGAUAAACUGCAAUUUGAAUAUAAUGAAGAAACUGCCAAGAGAAUAAAGAAGACCGAUUGCAUUACUUAUAACAAUAAAGGAAAGGUUUAUGACAUGGAACUGGGUGAAGAAUUUUACCUUCCACAAAAUAAGAAGGAAAGUAGACAGAUAGCACCAGAGCUCUCAGAUCUUGUCAUCUAUUGCCAAGCUGUGAAAUUCCCUGGCCUGUCAACACUAAACCCAUCUGGCUCUAGCAGAGGAAAGGAAAGAAAAAGCAGGAAGUCCAUUUUUGGCAACAAUCCGGGCAGACUAAGCCCUGGGGAGCCAGCAACACUUGCCAAAGCAUCUGGAAAAGGUCCUUUUGAGGGUGUCCGGCAAACCUGGGAAGAACUUUGUUCUCCUCCUUUCAACCCUACAACUUCUCUCAGUUCUAUCAUAAGGACACCUAAAUGUUAUCAUAUCUCUUCACUGAAUGAGAAUGCUGCCAAACGCCUGUGCAGACGGUAUUCUCAGAAACUGAUUGAGCAUACCACCUGUCAGCUAUUGAGAACAUAUCCUGCUGCCACACGCAUUGACUCUUCAAACCUCCAUCCCCUUAUAUUCUGGCUCCAUGGAAUACAGCUUGUGGCAGUUAACUAUCAAACUGAUGAUCUCCCUCUGCAUCUUAAUGCAGCGAUGUUUGAAGCGAAUGGUGGCUGUGGGUGUGUUUUGAAACCCCCUGUUCUGUGGGACAAGAACUGUCCAAUGUACCAGCAAUUUUCUCCAUUAGACCGAGAUCCGUAUAAUAUAGAGCCAGCUAUAUAUUCUUUAACAAUUGUGUCUGGACAAAAUGUUUGUCCUAGCAACAGCACAGGAAGUCCAUGCAUUGAAGUUGAUGUACUUGGGAUGUCUUUGGAUAGCUGCCAUUUCCGCACAAAACCCAUUCAUCGCAAUACUCUCAACCCCAUGUGGAAUGAACAGUUUCUCUACCGGGUUCACUUUGAGGAUCUGGUCUUUCUUAGAUUUGCGGUUGUUGAAAACAACAGCUCAGCUAUAACUGCUCAAAGAAUCAUUCCACUAAAAGCUCUAAAAAGAGGGUAUAGACAUCUCCAGCUACGAAACCAACACAAUGAAGCCUUAGAAAUCUCAAGCUUAUUCAUAAACAGUCGGAGGAUGGAAGAAAAUCCCUCUGGGAAUGUUGUGCCUACUUCUUUGUUGUUUAGCACAGAAGAGAAGAGAACUUCAACGUUGUACAAGGUCACAAUACAUGGAAUUCCAGGCCCUGAACCCUUUACUGUUUUUACUAUAAGUGAAAGGACUACAGCAGCACAGCUUCUUCAUCAAAUUUUGGCUACCACAAAAAGCACUGAAUCACAUGCUCCAGAUUAUUUUCUGAUGGAGGAAAAAUGUUUUAUAUCUAAAGAAAAAUCUGAGUGCAGGAAACCACCAUUCCAGAGGGUGAUUGGCCCUGAGGAAGGGCUAGUACAGCUUUUGAACAGCUGGUUCCCAGAAGAAGGAUAUGUUGGAAGGAUUAUCUUUAAAACCCAAGAGGAAAAUUUGAAUGGGAGAAACAUUUUUCAAGAAGAGAAAGAAGAUGCAAACAUUAGUUCUGAAGACGAUAGUUUCUUUGUUCAAGUGCAUGAUGUUUCCCCAGAGCAGCCUCGCACUGUCAUCAAAGCUCCCCGCUUUAGCACAGCACAGGAUGUCAUACAACAGACUCUUUGCAAAGCCAAGUAUUCCUACAGCAUUCUGAGUAAUCCCAACCCCAAUGACUAUGUCCUCUUGGAAGAGGUGACGAAAGAGCUAGCGAACAAAAAGUCAACAUCUAAGCCAUCACAGAGAAUUCUCUCUGAUCAAGAGUGUGUGUUUCAGGCUCAGAGCAAGUGGAAGGGAGCAGGGAAGUUUAUCCUUAAACUUAAAGAACAGGUUCACGCAGCACGAGAUGAUAAAAGAAAAGGCAUUUCAUUUGCUAGUGAACUUAAGAAAUUAACCAAGUCAAGUAAACAGUAUCGUGGUUUCACAUCCUCACCUUUGCAGAGCUCACCAGACAAUACCCAGGCUAAAGAUGAAAAAUCUGCAGGCAGUUUGACAUUUAGUGACAAUAUGGAAUAACAUCCAUAAAUGCCAGCAGUAUGUUCUAUGCAGGUAUGACAUGUGUGCUCCUUGUUUCUAAAUCAGGCAUACUCUCUGUUGAUUUUUCAAGGUACAAUUUAUAAUUUUUUUUUCAAAAGUGUGCUUGGUAAACCCUAGUGAAGUACAACAAGCAGCCAGAAGUUCAUGAAAACUCUCUAUGCUUUUAGGUUAUAACUCUGUACUGGUACAAACCCAUACACAGGCAGUCCUAAAGAUAAAUGCAGAUCUAAAUGCCGUGAAAAUUGCUAGGAACAUAGGAGUUUUACUUCGCCUACUGUGCCUGCAUCGUCCUAGGGUCCAUCACAGCAGGUAACCUGACAAUGGCCAGUCCUUUUAAGAGACUCUUAGAAUGUAACUUGGCUUCGACACACACUGUGACAGUGAGUUCCACAGGUAAUGCAGUGUGCUAACUGGUAUUUCCACACAGGCUCUUAAUUAAGAUAUGCCAUCAUUUUGUGUUAUGGGACAACUGAACUUUACUAAACAUUAAUUUAUAUGCAUUUAAUAUUAUUCAAUUUAAAAAAUAUGAUCUCUUACUCCUCUCUCCAUACAUAAACUGUUUUUAAAUCUCUAUAUACAAAUACUUGUGGCAGAGUGUCUAAGAAUUUUAUUGUCCCUUUCUGAAUCUUUUAAAAAUUUCUUCCAGGUUGCUUGAGCGAAAGUGACAAACCCCAGUGCGGAAUUAAGGGCGACAGUGUACCAUUUAUGUAUAUGACAGAUGAUAGUUCCAGACACAUUACUAUUAGCACUGGGCCUACUCUAACUCCAAAAGAUUUUUUCUGAGAGAUACCAGCUAGUUAAGAUGGAAGAAAAUCUUGCCCAAAAAAUCUUUAAUAAUCCCUUAUCACGUGAAUCCUUUCCACUCACUCUCAAUGAUCAAGAUACUAUUUAUAUCUACUGUCACUUCAUCAGAAUUCAAGUAAUAAGGCUUCCAAUAAUACUUUGUUACAAAAUUCCUUUAAAAUUUAUUUUAUGGUAUGGAGGCACCUAUUUAUACUCUUGUAUUUGAAUUUAAAUGCUAUCAUCAUCUCUUCCUUUUUCCAGGUGACUUUAAAGGCCCCAAAAUGCCCAAGACAAAAAGCCACUCUGAGGCUGACAAAACCAGAGUGAGAUAGAGGAAAUAUGACAGUCUUUCUCCACAUAGCCUUACAUUUACUUGACAACUGGAACCAACAUCACAGAUUCCUUUUUGCAUUCUCCACGAAGGAAACUGCGGAGGCCUAAACUAUUCAGCGCUAACUUGGCCUAUUCCAGACUGACUUUCUUGGUGACAGAUACAGAUCUAGUAAUGCUGAGUGGGAUGUUACAGUUUCUAAUGUUUGGAAAGACGCUUGCCAGCAUUUGAAAGAGCAAUUCCUUUCUUCACAUCUGCAAAAUCUGGAGAGGAAGAUUAAGCAGAUUUCUUAAAUUGUACUUUGUAAACAGAAACAUGUCUUUUUUAUUAAACAAAAGAUUAACUAAUUGCUUUAAGGGAAGAGAACUAGAACUAAACUGUUCUGUGUAUUGUGUGAAAAUAAUGCACCUUUAAAGGUUCCUGUUCAACACUGUUAGGUGAUUGUAGAAAGAUUUACAUAGACUGUAACUUUCUUGGCAUCACAGAUUUAAUUUUGGUGAUAAAACCAUAAAUAACUAUGGUAAGCGUUCUGAGUAUAUCUACAUUCACAAAAUAAUCAUGUACAAACAGCUAACUACACCUAAUUGAUAGUGAUAUUUUGACAAGGAACAACAUUUUCUUCAUUCAAAUUCUAGUUUUCAAGGCUUCUGUUUCAAGUAAGAAUGAUUAUUUAUUUUCAUGUUUCAAGGUAUGUGUCACUGUAAUAUAUUAUACUGUACUUUUUAAAAACUGCAGCUUCAUCUAUUUUGGUUUAGGGGAAAAUAGUAAUUUUCUGUUGAAAAGAAACAUUCAGAAAAUAACUAUUGGAAGCAUGCAAUUGCUUAACAUUUCAGUUGUGAAAUCAUAGUAAAAGAAAUCUCAACAUUAGUGUGUGUUAGAGAAUGGAAAAUAUUAUAGGCAUCUAAAUAUUUUUUAUAAAUGAGAAAAUAACUUCUGCUUAUAUCCAGCGUGUGUAAAGAACCCAGGCUACUCCAUUUAUUUUCCAAUAUAAACGUGACAUGUUUAUGUAGAAGCACUGCUGUAAAGUUGUGUAUAUGUCUGAAAUCAUGAUUUUUUUAAAGAAGUUAGUUAUAGCUGUAUCAUUUUCUUCAGUGUUAGUAAAAAGCAGUUCAUACUGACUUAUACAAAGUAAGGGCACAACUGAAACUGCCAUCCUUCUGAUGGCCAUACACAAGAACUUUGUCUAGUAACUAAACUAUUCAGCACAAGCUUUGGCUACAGUUCAGACCAUAUGACUGACGCAGGGCUUGCUGUAGAUGAAUAAAUCAAGAAAUGGCAAAUCAGUUAACUAAGUUGAUAGGACAGAAAGAGAAGCAAUCUGAAGUGGAAUGAAAUGUAGGGAGAUGAUUCAAGCAGUCUGAUUGGCUAAUAUAAAGGGUAUUAAUUCUCUGUGCUGGAAGCUCUACAUCCCUGGAAUGGCCUCUAGCACAAAAAGCUGCUGUUUCUAAAGAGAAUACAGAAAGAAGUUAGAAAGCAACUAUCACCUUGCAGGAAGUGCCCUCUUCAGGCUGAUUCAACAUUAGAAAAAAACAAACAAACUACACAUUCAAAACUCCCUUACUGAGGCAUACCCAGCAGUCAUUCACUGAACCCACCUACUUAUAUUGAAAUUCAUCUGUCUUUAUCCCAUUUUAAAAAUAGUAACCAUACCAGCUAUCUAUUCUGGAGUCUGAGAAAUUAGCAAUAUUGUCAAGCAGCGCCGUGUCACUUGUCUAAACGUGGUUUUUAGAGUUACACUGGAGAAGAUUACACAGAUAUUUUGAAAAGUGAGUAGGCAUGUAGCAGCCACUGACUUUACAGGACCCUAAGCUGCUUAGGCUCUUAUGAAAAUCCUACUAGUCACCUAUCUGCAUCUUUUUUGAAAAUGGGCCUUAAGCCUCUCAAUUACUUCAGAUUUCAGAACUGGUUAUGGUGAACAAAAAUAGCUGCUCGAAAGUCCCUAUGCUGUUCUUUAGAAUUAGACAUGGAAGGACUAAGGAACAAAGUAACCAGUCCCACUGUGAGAGAUACAGGAAAUUCAGUCUCCAUGGCACAUAAUGAAGAACUGUUAUUAAGUGAAAUUACAUGGUGUUUUAUUACCCCUUCAAGCAAUAGCUGCAUUGAUAGUGUAUAACUACUGUAUGUAUAUCUUUCAUGUGUCCUUUGGCUAGAGCUUAGAUGAAGGUCUGAUCCCUUUUUUUUUUUUUUUAAAUGUUUUUGUGUGUGUGUGUGUGUGUGUAUAUAUAUAUCCCCUGCAUUGGUGGUUAAAUCCAGUUAGAUGCAUGAAAAUAUUUACCCUUCAUUUGAUAAAUGGAUUCUCCACCUAUUUCCAUUAGCACUGAAAGGAAGAUGGUUGGUUCCUGCCAAAUUUGGACACCAGUAUCAGCACAGGUGUGGGAAAGCUUUUGUAAAUCUACUACAGAUCUAGCAGCAGGAGAACUCUUGUGUAGGAAUGCCACAAACAUUGUAAUUUCUGAUUGCUACUAGACUUGAAAGAAAAUUUAGAUAAGGGCAUCCUCGAUUAUAACAUGCAAAGCAGGUAAAAUCUGGCAGCCAUUUAAAAAGCAGAUUUGUGCUAUUUGUGACUAACAUACACUCACUGUGUAACUGCAGGAUGUAGUUUAUCCAUAGGGACAUUUUCUCUUUAUUUUAGCCUUGCCCAAUUGUCAUGAAUACUUGCCAGCCACAGGACAACACCUACUUAAAAGCAUAGUGGUAAUGAGAAAACCUAGCAUUUUGCAUGUUCAGUUUAAAAAAAAAAAUCAUUUUACAGAGGUAGGCAUGGUAGAAUUUUCCAAAACUAAUUAUAUUGAAUUAGGGCGUUUUUUUUAUUAAUGUACAUCGAUUUACUUAAGUUUCAAAAAACAGGGAAGGUUAAUCAACAACACAUUACAUUCUGCAUUAGUUAAUUGCAUUCACGUUGUUUUGGUCACAGAUAAAAGUAGAGGAAGCACAUAAGCUUUCCAUUUUUAUAAGCCUACAAAUCCCCCAAAAUGAAAUUAUAUAGAGCUAUUACUCGUGUUAAACUGCUUUAACUUAUUUAAAACACUAUAAACAGAUUUAACAUCAAGCUGUUUGGUUAAUAGGAAAAUUUGUCCUGUUUACCCAUAGGUUUCCUUUCUUCAAGAAUACAAGUCCAUAGAUAUAUAUUAAUAGGUUUGAUGGAUGGACAGCUGUGGUUCUGCCUCCUUGGCAGUUCACGCUGAAUGCCAUCAUAUGGAUCUGUGGACCUGGAUUUGAUAAGGAAACAUUUUUAUUACAAACUAUUCAUAGGAAAUAAUUUACCACAGCACAGUAUAUAAUAUAAAUCUUCCCAAAACCUACAAAUGAUAGCAGGACUCAACAUGGGCAGUCCACUUCCUGUUACCUAUUUUGUAAAGAAAACAUUUUAUUCUACACUUAA